CAGAAGCCGGAACGGUUCUGUAUCAGACGGUUGUUGCCCAGUCGAUCUCAUAGAGAAAAUCGCCACGAGUCUCAUAAAAAAUUGAAAUUAUUAAAAAAAAAUAUGUCGCUAAUACCAUUCAUUAUUGAUUUGGCCGAGGAGCUGCAUGAUUUUAACCGCAGCAUAAGCAUUGGUAUGAGCAUGGAUAUGAAUGAUGGAUAUGGAUAUCCAUUAGAGCAACUGGCCACCACACAGUCGUCGCCUCAAGCGCAGCAACACCGGGGUUCACGUCUAAGCCACGCCCACUCGCCGCCAAGCACAUCUUCGUUGCUGUGGGUGCCUAUUAAGGGAGCGGGUGGGUCUGCACAGGUGCAGCAUCGUAUUCAUCCGUAUAAUCGUGUGGCCGGUGCUAAGACGGUCUGCUGCAAUAAGCCGUUGCUUGAGCUUGAAAAGGAAUUGGGAGACAAGGGUAACAGCGUUACGGCUAACUCCACUUCACCCACAAGCUCCAAUGCUAGUGCCAAAUCUGCCUGUGCCUAUUCAGUGGUCAAUCGUAAUGGUUUCCAGGUGAGCAUGAACGUUAAGCAGUUUGCUCCAAAUGAGCUGAGCGUUAAAACUAUUGACAAUUGCAUUGUGGUCGAGGGACAACAUGAUGAGAAGGAGGAUGGACAUGGUGUCAUUUCGCGUCAUUUUAUACGCAAAUAUAUGCUCCCUAAGGGCUAUGAUGCGGCCGAAGUGCAUUCGACGCUCUCAUCGGAUGGCAUACUCACUGUUAAGGCGCCAUCCCCACCGCCGCCCGUUUUAAAAGUUGGCCAAGAGCGGCCAAUCGAGCGAAUUGUCGAUAUACAGCAGCACUCGCAGCCGCUGCAGCCGACUCAGCAAGCAACGUUAGUCAAGGAUGCGCAGCCGUUGACAAAAACUGCAGUCGUUAACGAAGUUGCUGCAGCAAACUCACCCGUCCUUGCACAGCGAGAGAGCGAACGCGAGCGCAAUAGCAAUGGAGAGACUUUGACUGACAAGAACGCCAGCGCCAGCUCCAACGCUGACGCCAGCGUCUCUGCAGAGAAAGCUGCAAAUGCAAAAUCAAAAGAGCAAGAGACUGAGCCAAUUGUGCAAACUUCCAAUUCCAGUUCCAGUACCAACAAUGGCGAGGAAAAGUCCAUGGAUAUGGAGGAUGUUGUCGUCGUCGUUGCCGCUGCUGCUGAAGCUAUUACAAUCGCAGUCGCUGAGAGCGGAAGCGUUAGUGAGGAACGCAGUAAAGAUACCACGGAUUCCAAUGCUGUUAGCAGCAGCGAUAAUGUCUCUGAUGCUAUAGAAACUGCUGCCGAAGCAAAAGCUGAGGCACUGCCCAAUGCCAAUCCUAAUGGCAAUUCGUCGGAAAUUGUUGAAAAGUGCGUCGUGGAUGACGAGGCAGAAGCAGUAGAAAUGCCGAAGGCCAAAAAGGCCAAAAUUGAGAAUACCGAGCCACCGUUGCUGUUGGUGAAAGUGGACAAGCACACAAAGGGCGCAGAGGAGCUAGCCGCUGCAGAUGCGGCCAUACUUUUGGCCAAGAAUCAGGCCAGCGAGAAUGGCGGUACUGUCGCCGCCGUCAAGUCUGAGGAACCAACACUGGCAGUGGCCAAGUGAGCAACUGAAGAGACUGACUAUGACAGCUGAAGCUUUUGCGCCAACAAUAACAGCAAGAGAACUAAGAUUAAAAUCCGUUAGACGGAUGCAUUUUAUUCCAAUAAAUGUAUUUUGUGUUUUCCUUUAAAACACACCAGGAACACCCAACACUUAAUGUAAGAGCAUGAGGGAGACAGCGUACGCUGAUUAGCAGCAGCAGCAAAGAGCCAACAAUUAACUAUGAUAUGAGAAUGAUAUGAUUUCCUAAAACAGUGUGAAAAAAUUACGACUACAAGUAUUCAGUAAAAUUAAGCACAUUAAUGUACUAAACCAUAAAUAUAAAUAAAGAAUUCCAUUCUAUGUGUCUGCAUAUGGCUU